CAGAUUUUUUCUGGUUCUAAUAGGGUGUUAGUUCAGUAAACGUGAGAAAGAAAGAAUAUGGAUCCAUACAGUGAACAGAAAGUACAAGUCUGGCGCUCCUUCAUCCACUCUCUGAAUCCGAACAACCUGAGCCGGACCGUGAAGGUGAUCAGUGGAACUUACUUACAAGGAUCCUUGUACAAUUUCUCCUUUUCUCCGGGAGAGGUUAUUAGGAUCACGGGCUUAAUUCCAACUGAACUCAAAGCAGUGGUGUUGGAAAGAGACAAAUUGGCAGAGACAAUUUUGGAUGUGCCACUUUUCUAUAAAGGGGAAUUUCUGCUCAUUCCGGAUCCAGACACUUAUGAGACUGUGGGCCAUUUGGUAAACUGCGUCAAGAUAGGAGAGAAGAGGGAUGAACAGCCAAGAUUCCAGAACAAAGUUAAAAUUCCCUUGGCUGAAGGCAGCUUUCUUAACAAAGGUGAAAAGUUAGCAUUACUUGGAAUUAAGGAAGGAGUCAGUGGAAAGAUGCUGAAAUGCCAGCUUGUUAAAAGAAAGAAGAGUCCAGUCAUAUAUCUCCCAAUGAAUUGUAGAGGAAUAUUCCAAGAAUGUCGUGAUGACAAUUACUACACACUUGAUAAAAUACUAGCAUGGAAGAUUCCAGUAGGCCGAAGCCGAAUUGUAAAGCCUGUGAUGGUAAACCCUGCAUUCAAACAAAGCUGCUUCAGGUUUCCGAAAAAUUUCAAUGGCCAAUUGGUCCUUCAACCCAGUUACAGUGUCAAAGCAUUACUAGCAGGUGGAGUAGAAACUACAAUCCCAACUCAACUGGAUUUCGAGAUAGUUGAUAUCACUGACGCAGCGACAAGGAACCCUUCUGUUGCACCGAUUUAUUUGGAAGAUGUUUACGCCAUGCCAAAUGAUAAGUUUCCUUUGACUGUUCGAAUUGCAGACGGCAUCGACAAAAACAGCCUCAUUGCCAUGAGUCACAGAUUUAACCCAACAUAUUUUGAAGUUGGAAAGUGCCUCACAAUCUUGACAAGAGUAGAAGUGAAAAAAUACCUUGUCACCGAAAUCUCUCAGCACUCUGCCAAGAGACGUUUUCUUGUUCCUUGGAGCUACCAUGGUAUAUUUCAGAGGACCCCUAGAACAUUUCAAUCAGUUUAUGAUUUAGACCUUGCAAGGGACACAGCUGGAGUGAUCGAAGUUAUUGCUACACAAUGCUAUGCUGCAGAGAUGGAAGGAUUAUCUUCUUUUACAACAGGGGAUCGAUUCCGUACAGUUGAGCGUGUAAAUAUUUUUACAUUUGAUGGGAUACAACCGCAAACCAUAUCCGUUCUGGAAUGUGAGAACAUUGCCACACAUGAUAUAGUCUGGCUCCCAAUGCAUGCAAUAGGGACAUUUUUGGAAGUUUUAAAAGACGGAGGGAAGUUCACCAUCAAGGAACUCCUUUCCCACCACAAACCUCCAUGUCAUGUAAAAGUGAUUGCUAAAGACCGGUCCCUUCCAAGUGAUCUUCUAUUUGGCAUAAAUGAACUGAAGGUUGAUGGCGAAGUUAACAUGAAAUAUGUUGUUGCUAAAUGUACCCAUGCUUCAGCUGAACCCUUCGAAAUACCUGUUGAGAUUAUGAAAGUUAUGGUGUUGAUAAUGAGCGAAGAGUCACCUUCGACUGGCGAGCAAGCCAUGAACCUGUUAUCAUCCGAAACUGUUGAACUUUUAUCAGCUGAUAACUAUGAGUUGCUUAAAGGGUGUGAUGUUCAUCCUACACCUCCUCCGCUCCCUCCCAAAUCUAGAAGUCGUAUUUUGUCAUGUGGCCAAAUUCAAAUCCCUCCAAUUCCACCCAGAGUAACAAAGAAAAAUACCCACACUGAUCCUUUUCUUCAUGAUGACGCUUGUGCGUUAAAGACCCAAAGUGUUCUAGGAAUGUUGUAG